AUGUUUAAUAUUUUGAGAACGGCUGUCCCGUUGACACGACACGCUUGCUGGCGCGGGCUCCAUGUCGACGCGGUCUCGCUGCGCCGAGCGGCAGAGCUGCCAGGGCCUUCAGACCUGGUUUUGACCGACCCGUACCAGAUCUACAGAGCCUAUCUUGCGUCAGACCUCUUGCAGCCAGACGUGCACCAACAUCGGGCCGCCCUAGAGUUCCAGAAGCUCUAUUUCCGGCUCAAGGACUACGUUCCGGACGAUAAGGAGCUCCAGAUGAACAAUCUCGUGAGACAGCUGGAGAUGCGGUACGACCAGCAGCACGCGGGGCUGUUGUACCGCACCAUCGGCUACAGACAAGUCUGGGGCGAGCGCAAGGCCGAAAAGGAGCGCAAGGAGCUUGUGCGCGUGCUGAGCGACGAAGAAGAGCUGUACAACAUCCCGGCUCCGCAGGGACUUUUGGUGAACGGAGAAGUUGGGUGCGGCAAGUCGAUGCUGCUUAACAUUUUUGCUGACUCGCUGCCAGUCGAGCGCAAGCUGCGCAUCCACUACAACAACUUCAUUCUGUGGGUGUACGCAGAGAUCCACUCGAUCUACGAGCGUCGCAAGCGAGAGAGCCAUAGCAAACACAGUUUCCUGUGGCUGGAGAACGAGUUCAUCUUGCUCGAGGUGGCCUCGACAAUGGUCCGCAACCACUACGUGCUGAUGCUGGACGAGUUCAUGCUGCCCGACCUGGCGUCGGCCAAAAUCGUCAAGAUCCUGUUCACGUAUUUUUUCAAGCUCGGUGGAGUUCUGGUAGCAACCUCCAACAGACUGCCCGAGGAGCUGUACUCGACGGAUUUCAACAAGACGCAGUUCCAGAGCUUCGAGCGCGUUCUCAAGAUGCGCUGCCAGGUGUUUGACAUGAACAGUGACUGCGACUACCGGAUGCAGCUGAUUGACCGCGGUGCUCGGCCGCAUCUCGUGGUGAAGGAGCACCCGGAGCACGAAAAAAAAUGGCAAGAACUGGUGGACUCGGUGGUGACCGAAAAACCCACAGAAACGCAUUUUCUCAGCUACGGCCGCCAGAUCCGUGUUCCUGCGCAGGCAGGCGGUGUUGCUCUAUUCAGGUUCGACGAGCUGUGUGGCGACUCGUACUACGGCCCGAGCGAGUAUAUUUCUUUGGCCUCGAGGUUCCACACCCUGGUGGUCGACCAGAUACCCGUCUUGACGACGAAAAGAAGGAGCGAGGCCAGACGGUUCAUCACGCUGCUCGACUCGCUGUACGAGGCGCGCUGCAACGUGGUGUUCCGCAUGGACGCCGAGCCCUCGCGUCUGUUCUUCCCCGAUAUGCGCCAGGCAGACGACGGGCGGUCCAACAACCAGCAGAUCCUCGAGGAGGAGAUGUUUGCGAGAACACAGCUGUAUCUGGAGAAUCCGUACCGGCCAAAUGUGCAGAGCUACGAGGAGGGUAAGAACGAGUUCACGCAGAGCCAGGUGGAGACCAAUUUCAAGGAUAUUGGAAAAUUCACCGGCGAGGACGAGAUGUUCGCAUACAAGCGUGCGGUGAGCCGGAUCUACGAGAUGACGUACGGCCGCCACUGGCGCAGUGGUCAAUGGCUCGGGCCGCAGAUGGUCCGGCCGUGGGAGAAAGCGAAGACGGAGGAUGGUGCUGAGAGCACAAAAAAAACAGAACCGGAGCCACCUAAACAGGCCCCCGUGUUCAACCAGCACCAUUUCUGGUCGAUGGGCAGCUGGAGAAACAAGAGCAGGUGGAUCAAGGACGAACUGGCAAGACGGUGGAUGGCAGACUGGAAGGAGUGA